AUGGCCUCCACACAGGAUGAGAAGUCCCCCAGGGCUGACUCUGAGCACGUUGAGGAGUCUGUCGAUGUGUUCCACGCUGUCCGCGGCACUGCGGCUUUGGAAGUAUGCACGCGACUAGAGCCAGUCCGAAAGCUCAGCAAGCGUAUGAUUCAACUCUACGCUAUCUGCAGUCUGGCCUUCCUGGGGUCGACGAUGGGUGGCUACGACGGGUCAUUGAUGGGCAAUCUGAUUGUCAUGAAGCCCUUCCAAGAUCAAUUUGGCGCAAAGAUUCUCGGAGUGCAGACUGGCAUCAUCAUGAGCAUGUACUCCAUCGGUUCCGUGUGUGGUCUGCCUUUUAUCGGCCCUCUGACUGAUACCUGGGGCCGUCGUGUGGGUAUCACCAUUGGAUGCGUCUUUAUCAUCAUUGGUACCAUCGUUGAAGGUGUGUCCCACCACUUGCCUCAAUUCCUCGCUGGGCGUUUCUUUCUCGGGUUUGGUGGCAUCAUCUGCAAUGUCGCCUGUCCUUCUUACGUCGUCGAAUUCGCUCACCCGGCCUACCGUGGUGUGAUUACUGGAUUCUACAACUGCUGCUACUAUCUUGGAGCAAUCCUGGCCGCUGCAGUUCUACGUGGUUGCGUUCACUAUACCACCAACGCGGCCUGGCUCAUUCCCACAUGGCUCCAGAUGCUUUUCCCAGGUAUUCUGCUAGUUGGAUGUCUCUGUUUUCCUGAGUCACCGCGUUGGCUGUACGUUCAUGGGCAAGUAGAUAAGUGCCGGGAGACUCUUAUCAAAUAUCAUGGCAAUGACAACCCGGAAUCUCUCUAUGUGAGAUUGGAAAUGCACGAAUUUGCGGAAGAGCUAGAGCUCGACGGUGCGGACAAGCGCUGGUGGGAUUACCGCUCCCUGUUCAACUCUCGGGCAGCUCUUUAUCGUGCCAUCCUGUGCGCCGUCGCUGUUUCAGCUUUCAGUCAAUUGACUGGUCAGUCGGGCGUAUCAUAUUUCCUGCCUGCCAUGCUAAGCACUUCUGGGAUCAGUCAAACCGACACGGUCCUUGACAUCAACCUAGGUAUCACGCUAGCUUCUAGUGUAGCCGCCUGCUUCGGUGCCAGCCAGAUGGACCGGUUUGGCCGACGCAAGAUGCUGAUUUCAUGCUGUGCGCUUCUUACUCUCCUCUGGGGCGGCAUGGUUGGUGGUACAGGCGGAUAUGCUAUCUAUAAAAGCCAUCCCGCUGCCGAUGUAUCUAUCACCUUCAUCUUCCUGAUUGGUAUCGUUUUCUCUGCCGCCUACACCCCACUCCAAGCACUAUACCCCGUCGAGGUCCUAGCAUUUGACCAGCGAGCCAAGGGAAUGGCCCUGCAAAAUUUCGCUGGAAACGCAGCCGGCCUGGUCAAUCAGUUUGCACUUCCGAUUUCCCUCGAUGUGAUUGGUUGGAAGACUUACUUUAUUUACAUGGGAGUGUGCUUUUGCCAGGCCAUUUACUACUACAUUUUCAUGGUAGAGACCAAAGGACACACCCUCGAGGAGCUCAAUGAGAUCUUCCAGUCAAGAAAUCCUCGGAGGGCUGCUUCGCUCCAGAAGCAGGAGGUGGAUCAGGAGGUUGUUAAAGUCCAACAUCUGAAGUAG